UCGUAGAAUUAUUUUUAGCAUUAAGUUGUGUUGUGAUUUCUAACUAUAACUUUACUAAAUGGAUGGAGAAGAAGAAAUAGAAUUUCUAAUUCUACCAAUUGAAAUCUGUCGAAUAUGUACAAAUUUACAAUCAAAUUUAGAUAUACUCACAGACAAAUUGGAAGAUGAAAAUGUUUUACUUCAUGAAGCACUGGAAUUUGUGUCAUGCAUCAGGAUUGAUUUCAAUGAUGGCAUGAGUCGAACCAUGUGCUUAACAUGUUGCAAAAAACUAUCGGAUGCCUACAAAUUUAAAAAUCAAAUUCUUGACUCGUACAGAGCGUUCUACAAACAGACUUCAGAUGUAAAUUUCAAAAGAGAAGAUCUGAUUUAUGAGGAAGAUUCUGUGAUAGAUGAUAUUGACGCAAACAGUUCAAAAGAUUCCAAACUUGAAGAAGAACCUGCGCUGGUCAUCGAACGGGCUAAUGAACUUGGAAUUAAGUUAAGCACAAAUGCAAUAUCCUUCAUUCUUGAACAGAAUAGUUGCAAAACCAGAGGCAACAUAAAACAAUCGCCAUCACAAGAAAACCUUUUAUCAGAUGAAGAAAAAGCUACUGUUAUAGACGCCAAACCAUAUAAACCACCACCUUUGGAAGAAAAUAAUAAAGUCCAACAAGUCUGUAGACCUUAUAUUAAAGUCGAAACAACGCCCAUAGAACAAACUCACCAAAACGCACCAUCACUUAAAUCAAAAGGACCAUCCAUAGAAGACGACCAGAACAAUUAUAUCAAAUCACCUCCUUCAGAACAAACGAACAAAAAGGCUAAAGAAACACUAAAUAUACGGCCUCUCGAAACAAAUUUUACCUCAUUAGAUAACAGAAGAUGUCGUACCACUAGAAGUAAUUCAUCUCUAAAAAGCAAUUUAGAAUGCCAUAUUUGCCAUAAGAUUCUUCCCAAGAAAUCAAACUUGAGAGACCACAUGAGACUACAUGCAAACGAAAAGAAUUUCGUGUGUUCAUAUUGUGAAAAAGGUUUUGUACAAGUUGCAAACUAUCGCAUGCAUUUGAGAGUGCACACGAAAGAACGACCUUACCAAUGUCAUUUAUGUCCAAAAACUUAUUCUCAAGGAGGUUCGCUUAAAAUGCACAUAAGGUCACAUACCAAAGAAAGAAACUAUGUGUGUGAAGUUUGCCUUAGGGAUUUUACCAAUUCCUCGGAUUUAGGUAAACAUAAAAGGAUACACGAUCCAAGUCAGCACUUUGCAUGUGAAACAUGUGGGCGUUUGUUUAGCCAAAGGAUUAAUCUUAAAACACACGUAAGAAAGGUCCAUUCUAAAGCGAAACAAAUAAAAAAUAAUUCUUAACAACA